ACUAUGCACGAGCUGCUGGAAAUAAGACCCGACCACCGGAGUCUGGGAGGGCUGUGUCGUGAAGUCUUGUGGGCAGAUGAGGAAGCUAAGGCACAGAGAGCCAGAGGGCUUGUCCGUGGGGCCUUAUUAUGGGUGGAGCCCAGAGCUCCCCUCCAUGCCCUGAGAUGGGUCUCUCCACACUUGCUUCAGAUGAACUUGGAGGAAAACUGAACUGCUUUAGAGGAAGCAAAUGCCAGUAAUUAGCCAUGACAGUGGAAGGGGUACAUAAGGUGGGGGAAGUCAUAUGCGAAUGAAAGUGUAAAUUCUAUGUUGACGAUAAGGACCAACUCAGGCAGGAUCUGAGCAAUGUGGAGGGUCUGUCCAUUCACUGAUUUCUACGCUCAUCUUUUUGAUUCAGCAAGCAUACACCUUGUGCAUCAGUCACUGUGCUUAGGCCCAGGACGCACAAGAUGAACGAGGCUGCAAUGAACAAGGUCAAAUUUCGGAUAAGUUAUCAAGAUUGAGCUUCCUAGUGGCCAAAGCAAAGAGGGAAACCCGAGCUAUCAUAAGCUCCACUCUAGCCACAAGAUCCCAAAAUAUUAAUCGCCCAGGAGAAGCCCAGGUUUUCCUGGCAAAAUGAGUGUCUUAGAUGCGCAUGUCCACUGUGAUCUGUCACUAAUCUGACAGGGGCGACUUGGCCUUGUGCGUGUCUCAUAGGUAAAGAUUGACCAACACAGAUAAUAACUUCGGACUAAACAUGCCCACCAGAGACUCAUUUUUCUUCAUUCUCCUCUUGUCAAGCUUGUGCCUUUGUCAUCCUGGCAUCAACACACCUGUCCUUCCAUCUCUCUACCCCCAUCUCGAAGACCGCCAGGAACUGCUGCCACCACCACCAACCCCCAUGGCCUACAUCCCUAGUGGGGGCGCCCCGGCCGCGGGGGUGGCACCCGUGGGCUCUCAGUAUUGCGUGUGCAAGGUGGAGCUGUCAGUGAGUGGCCAGAACCUGCUGGACCGGGAUGUGACCUCCAAGUCUGACCCCUUCUGUGUCCUCUUUACAGAGAGCGACGGCAGGUGGAUUGAGUAUGACAGGACGGAAACCGCGGUCAACAACCUCAACCCCGCGUUCUCCAAGAAGUUCGUCCUUGACUACCACUUCGAGGAAGUGCAGAAGCUCAAGUUCGCCCUGUUCGACCAGGACAAGUCCAGCACACAGCUGGAAGAGCAUGAUUUCCUGGGCCAGUUCUCCUGCAGCCUGGGCACGAUCGUCUCCAGCAAGAAGAUCACUCGGCCUCUGCUGCUAAUGAAUGACAAGCCUGCAGGAAAGGGCUUGAUUACGGUCGCCGCCCAGGAGCUGUCGGACAACCAGGUCAUCACACUGAGUCUGGCGGGCAGGAAGCUGGACAAGAAGGACCUCUUCGGAAAGUCAGACCCAUUUCUUGAGUUUUAUAAACCAGGAGAUGAUGGCAAGUGGAUGCUGGUUCACAGGACUGAGGUGAUCAAGUACACGCUGGACCCUGUGUGGAAACCAUUCACUGUACCAUUGGUAUCCCUGUGUGAUGGGGACGUGGAGAAGCCCAUCCAGGUCAUGUGCUACGACUAUGACAAUGACGGGGGCCAUGACUUCAUCGGCGAGUUCCAGACGUCGGUGUCGCAGAUGUGUGAGGCUCGUGAUGGCGUCCCGCUGGAGUUUGAGUGCAUCAACCCCAAGAAGCAAAGGAAGAAGAAGAACUAUAAAAACUCGGGCAUCAUUAUCCUGCGUUCCUGCGAGAUAAACCGGGACUACUCCUUCCUGGACUACAUCCUGGGAGGCUGCCAGCUCAUGUUCACUGUUGGCAUAGACUUCACAGCCUCCAACGGGAAUCCCCUUGACCCUUCCUCUUUGCACUAUAUCAACCCCAUGGGCACCAACGAGUAUCUGUCGGCCAUCUGGGCUGUCGGGCAGAUCAUUCAGGACUACGACAGGUCUCCCAUGAGUUUGCCAUCAACUUCAACCCCACCAACCCCUUCUGCUCAGGUGUGGAUGGCAUCGCCCAGGCAUACUCGGCUUGCCUGCCCCAUAUCCGUUUCUAUGGUCCCACCAACUUCUCUCCCAUCGUCAACCACGUGGCGCGGUUUGCGGCCCAGGCCACACAGCAGCAGACGGCCACGCAAUACUUCAUCCUCCUCAUCAUCACGGACGGCGUCAUCAGUGACAUGGAGGAGACGCGCCACGCCGUGGUGCAGGCUUCCAAGCUGCCCAUGUCCAUCAUCAUCGUGGGCGUGGGCAACGCUGACUUCGCCGCCAUGGAGUUCCUGGACGGGGACAGCCGCACACUGCGCUCGCACACCGGGGAGGAGGCAGCCCGUGAUAUCGUGCAGUUCGUGCCCUUCCGAGAGUUCCGCAAUGCAGCGAAAGAGACCUUGGCCAAAGCUGUGCUGGCGGAACUGCCCCAACAAGUCGUGCAGUAUUUCAAGCAUAAAAACCUGCCCCCCACCCACUCGGAGCCCGCCUGAGCACCAGCCCAGGCCCAGCAGCAGCAUGCCGGCUGGGCCUCCCGCCCUCCCAGGAACGUGCACGCUCACCCUGCUUCCUGGUGGGGGGGGGGGCCUUGUUUUUAACCCAUCCACGUUUUUAUUUUUUACAACCAGACCUCCACCCUCCCAGCCCAGCUGGGCUUCCUUUGUUGGAGUCAACAGAUGAUGCUUCCAGGCCAAACUGGCUUCCUCCCUCCCCUUAAGUAUUGAAUGUACUUUGUAUAAUUUUAGUGAAAUUAUUGUUAUUAAAGAGAAAAUUUUUACAAUCCUAACUGGCUUUUUCCAAGUAACUAGCUGCAGACCCUGAAAGGAGCGUGUCCCCAGUGCAUACUUUGUGUCAUUGCCUGCACCUACUUCCUGCUCUGUUUUUUAAUACUGUGACUGUGUUCUAUUUGUUAUACUCAGGGUAAUAAAAGCAGUUUCCAAUGUC